GCCGAUUCGGGCCAUCUGCCCAGUGACAGACAGGGAAGUGCUUCACCACGGCGGCGCUGACUGUCUUUCCGGAUCCGUGCGGCGGUGAAGUCAGAAGCACAGGAGAGGGGUGAAGCCCGGGAACGUGAGUGCAGUGUCUAGAGUAAGGGAGAUGUGUGGAAGGCUGUCCUCCUUCGUGGAGAUCGCCGUGGCUCUCCACCAGGUCGCGGGGGCUUUCUUCGACACCACGCUGCUGAUGGUGACUCAGGAGCGCUGCAAUGCCACGGCGGCCGGCAGCCAGGUCAAGCGGCAAGCCUGCGUCUCUCGGUUUUACUUGUACAAUAACCUGCUGCUGGGAAUCACCCCUCUGGUCUUCACCUUCACUCUGGCCAGGCUGGGAGAUCAGAAAUCCAGGAAGAUAACCAUCUGCGUGCCCCUUCUGGGCUACCUGGUCUCCAGGUCUCUACUGCUCUGGAUGAUCCUGUUCCAGUUGCCCUUGGAGGCGAUGUUUGCGACUGCACUGCUCAAUGGCUUCACCGGGGGCUUCGCCUCUUUCUGGACUGGAGUGAUGGCCUUCGCCUCAGACACCUCCUCAGUGGAAGAGAGGUCGGCCCGCCUCAUUAGGAUCGAACUGACCUCCGGCUUAGCAGGCAUGAUUGGAAGCGUCGCAUCUGGACACAUCUUCGUUCACUUCACUCUCUCCCGUUACCAGGGGGCUGUCCUGGCCGCCUCCAGCUGCUGCCUCUAUGCGCUGAGCUUGCUCUACUGCACCCUGGUCUUGAAAGUGCCGCCCAAACAAACGGCGAGAACACCUCUGGAGAGCGACAGGCUACUGGUCCAAGCCGGGCAGGACCACGUCGCUGAAGCUGCUGCCGGGGUCGAGGCCGAGCAACAAAACAGUGCCGAGGAUGGAAGUCAAAGUGAAACAGUAAGGCUACCGGAAGGCACGGCCAGCGCCCAGGAUGAACGUAGCGGCUGCACGCCACUGAGUAACAUCACGGUCGUCCUGCUGUUUGCAGGCGGGGUUUUAUAUGAUCUAAGUGUGGCGGGCGGAGUGGACGUGAUCCCCAUGUUUAUGCUGAAAGCCCCGCUGAAGUGGAAUGCCGUCUGGGUUGGCUACGGCAAUGCAGCGGGAUACACCAUCUUCCUCACCAGCUUCCUAGGAGUCAAAGUCCUUUCCAGAUAUUUGAAGGACACUUCCUUGAUAGUGAUCGGGAUGGUGUCAUUUUCCAGCGGGAUGCUGAUCAUGGCCUAUGUAAAGUGGACUUCCUUAUUUUUCAUUGCUCGAGCAGUGAUGAUGUUUGCCCUUAUUCCUAUGCCAAUGAUACGGUCAGUGAUCUCAAAGCAGAUAAGUGACACUUCAUAUGGGAAAGUGCUUGGCCUACUUCAGAUUUUCCUGACGUUGACUGGAGUCAUUGCUUCAACAAUCUUCCUGAAGAUUUACAUGUUGACAGAAGACUGGUACCCAAGCCUUUGCUUCAGCAUGUCUUCUGUCAUUAGUUGCUUAAGUAUCAUUCCCAUAAUCAUUGUAGAACGCAGAUUAUCUGAACCAUCAAGAUACUCCAGAAGAUUGAUGUAAAAUCCAGAGUUGGUACAGUGAAGAGCUUUGGUUGCAUGCCCAAAUACAAUCAAGCCAUACACAAUUACAACAGGUAGUGCAGAGAAAAAUACCAGGUUGCAGGAUAGAGUUUUACAAUAGCAUUGCAGGUAGAGAAAAAGUUCAGCGUCCAGACAGAGGUAGGUUGAAAGAGCAGGACUACCCCCCAACCCAAGGCAGGACUGUUAAGUACUCUGAUAACAGAGGGGAAGAAGCUGUUUCCAAGUUCAGUGAAACAUGCUUUCAAGCUUUUGUAUUUUCUGCCCAACAGGAGAGGGAAGAAGAGGGAAUGACAAGAGUGAAAAAGUCAAAUGAUGUUGGCUGCUUUCCAAAAGCAGCAUGGAGUGGAGAUGGAGCCAAUGGCAAGAAGUUAGGUCUGAAUGAUGGACUAGGCUAAGCUGUAACCCUGCAAUUUUGGGCAGAGUAGUUCCAAACCACGCUGUCUUGCAACCUGAUAGUAUGCUUCUUACAGUGCAUACGCAGAAGUUGGUAACAGUUGUUGGAGAUAUGCUGAACUCCCUUGAUCUCAGUAAGUAGGGGCAUUUGUGCACUUUUUUGGCUGUAACUGCAAUGUGGCUGGACCUGAAGAGUGUUGAUAUUUACACCUACGAAUUAAAAGCCCUCAACCAUUUCUACUUUGGCUACCAGUGCAGAUUGGGACAUGUAUUUCACCAUGCUUCCUGGUGUCCUUAAGUAGCUCCUCCAUCUUGCCGACAUUGAGAAAAAGGUAAUCAUCUUGAUACUAUUUUACUCAGCCAAAUCUCCUUCCUUUAGUGGAUGUCAUAGUUUGAGAUCCAGCCCACCACAGAGGUGUCAUGCACAAACUUGUACAUGGAGUUAGAGCAGAAUUUGGUUGCACAUCAUGAAUGUAUGAGUAUGGCAAGGGAUUGAGAAUGCAUCCUUGCCGGGCAUCAGUAUUGAGAAUUAUUGUGGAGGAUGUUUCGUGGCCUAUCAUAGACUCUGGUUCAUAGGUCAGAAAAUCAAGAAUCUAGUGGAAGGGGGUGCUGACUCCUAGGUUCAAGUGUUUGGAUGGGAUUAUGAUAUUGAAGACAGAUCUGUAGUCCGAUGGUAUUAAUGUGGAGUUAAAACAGUGUUCUAAACUACUUAAAGAAUCACUGUUGGUUUGUCCAAUGCCUGCCAUUAACUGUCACUUCUUUCUAAUUACAACCCCAAUUUCAACAUCCAGUAUCUUCAUGAUAUCAAAAGGAAUCCCCCAUGUUGCUAAUAACACUUGAGACUGGUUUCCAACCUGUCCACAAUACAGGGACCAUAUUAAAAAGAGAUUGCACGAGCCCAUAAUUCGACUAUUUUGACAAGUAUAUUCAUACCAUCUCCUUCUGUUAUGCACCUUAGGUAGAUAGUUCUUAAGUGGUUAUAGUCCUACUCCUACACCCAGCUAGAUUUCUCCCGUGGAUCCAUUCCUUCUCUCCCGUGUUCUCCACAGAGAUAAAAGGGAGUGUGAAAACGGUCAUCAGUUAUUGAGAUGGUUUAUCAACAGAAUUUGGGAAAAUAAAAAGGCAUAGUUCUUCAACCUUGUGAGCUUAUAUCUCAAAUCUUAAUUAUAAUUACUUGCACAUUUUGCUGUACCCUACGGUUACAAAACACUACCAGUAAUUAAGUGACAAGAGACUGCUCCAGAUUCCAGCACCUGCAAGAAACAAAGAGCUGGAGGGACUCAGCAGGUCGGGAACAUUGUGAAGGUAAUUAGAUAGUCGACUCCAGAUGAAGGAUCAUGUCCCAAAAUGUCGACUGUCCAUUACCCUCUAGAUGGUGCUUGACUCACCGAGUUGCUUCAACAAUUUAUUUUUUUCAUUGGUACUUUGGCAAAGGUUCAGAACAAACCGUCUGCCACAGACUAAAAAUUCAGACAUGCCAAAAGCCCACCUCAAGUACCCCUCAAUUUAAGUAAGACCCAUUUACCCAUUCCAUCAUCCUUGAAACAGGCACUCUUAAUUAAUUUGGAAGGCAAAACAGCUCUUCUCCCAACUCAAAUCAGGCCAAAUUUACUUUUAAAUCACAUUGGAUAGUCCUCCAUAUUAACACAAAGAUUAAAGUCGAAUGUUGAU